AUGAGAGCUGGGGAAGUGAUGGGAGCAGGCGAGUGGGUGGGGAGGCCUGGAGGCGACUGGGGUGCUGCACACAGGGACCCACGUGCUGCUUCGUCUCUGGCCGCGCGGCUUGUACCGAAUGAGCGUGUGUCGAGUAUAGGGGCGCGGUUCCUGCAGCUGUUCUCCCACCGGCAGCAGCAGGUGGGGUUCCGAAUCAUGCACGUGGGCACACCGGGCAGGGGGGCAGUGCAGGAGGGGCAAGGCGGGGACUGGGAUGAGGCAGGGGAAGCAGGAGAUGAGGGGGAGGAGGAGGGGCGGGAGAGAGAGGAGGGCGAGGUGACAGACGCCAUGCUGCGGGCGCAGUUCUGCUUUGCGCCCACGCCCCCCACGGGCUACAGUGACACCGUGGUGCGGGCAGUGCUCCUCGGGUGCAUCCCCGUGAUCGUCCAGCCCAACACUCAGCACCCAUUUGCUAGCGCCAGUGCUGCGGGCAUAGGCAUGGAUAAAACAGCAGGUGGUGGUGGCGGUGGUGCCAUCCAUUGGCCGUCCCUGGCGCUGUUCCUCGCCCCCCAGCAGCUGCCAGAGCUCCCGGAGAUCCUGCGAGGCAUCACCGCGGAGGAGAACAGCUACUUUAUCCUUAAAGACAACCCUAUUCCCCAUACUUGCAUCUCCUCCUCCCUGCCCUUCCACAGGCACCGAGGCACAGCGAAGCAGAGUGUACUAUCAUGGGCGAUCGAGCACAUAAGAGACGAGUGGCCCUACUGGGACCGUCACGCUGGCGCCGACCACGUCUUCCUGGCCAAUGAUGACUGGGCGGCGUGUGAGGUCGGCGAAGCCGGUCGGCGAGACCCCAUGCUGGCGCGCAGCACAGUGCUGUCGCUGUGGGGGUACUCAGGGAACAUGCCGUUUGAUGCCGCCCUGCCUGGCUGCUUCAUUCCCGGGCAGGAUGUUGUUAUCCCGCCCGUUUUGCUGCCCGAGGUGUAUGAGGCAGCCAUGGGCGUCCAAGGAGAAUACGGGCAGGCUGGUGGGCGGGAUAUUUUCUUUUUCUUCCGCGGGUUUGACGGGCGGGAUGUGGAGCCGGUGUUGGGCUUUAACUACUCGUUUGGGGUGCGGCAGGCGCUGUUUGACUGGUUUGACUCGCUUGACUCCGCUGCUGCUGUGCCAAAAGGGUUUGUCAUAGAGCGUACGCCGGGGGAGGGGGACUUUGGGGAGCAGCAAGGGGGAGUGGGAGGGGAGAGGGGGGAAAGAGGAGGGUACUUGGAGCGGAUGGCUCGGUCGGUGUUCUGUCUGGUGGCGGGGGGUUGGGGUGCUGAUGAGACGGCCACUCAAGCGGUGACACUUGGAUGCAUCCCUGUGAUAAUACAGCCCAAUGUGAGCAUGCCAUUUGAGGGGGAUGGCUUUUUGGAUUGGGACGACUUCUCAGUGAGGCUGACUCCUGCAGACAUCCCCCACCUCCACGGCAUCCUCACCAGCAUCCCUCCACAAGAGCUCGCUCUCAAGCAAGCUGCUCUGCGCCGAGUGUGGGUGCACUUUGCGUGGGCAAGUUUGCAGUACAAUCCGUUUUCAAGAAUUCUUGACAAGGAGCAAGGCGAGUUGGCACGAGACGUUGCUUCAUCAGGGGCGUUUAGGAGUGUCAUGAGGGCUUUGGCGCAAAGAAAGCAGUCAUUGAAGGGAGAUACACGGUCGGUGGGUGAGGGGAUGGCGAGCGGAGGGGGGGGCGGGGUGGCGGUCACGGAUCCGCGGAGCGGAGGCGAGCAGCGGGACGACGAGCGUAUGGAGCGACACGACGAGGCAUUCCAUGCUGACGUGGAGGAGGCGGAUGAUGACGGGGUGAUGGACCACUUGAGCGACCCGGGUGUUUAUUUCCAGCAGGAGACCGCGAACGACGUGGCGCUGUCGCAGGCCAUGCGGUGGUGCAACCCGGACGACGACGUCGCGAACAAGUCAAACUAUUCGCACACGACGCCGGUCAGCCCAAUCGCCGGAGAUCUCGAUGGCUCUCCUGAAGAGGGUCGCGGGGACGCGGAGAUGGCGUGCGAGGAGGCGGAGAAGCGCGCGUCGCUAAGCGAUGCGUCGGUGGAGAAUGUCGCGCUGUGGAGUCGCAGUCGCACGACGAUGGAGCACGACGACUACGAUCGCAUAUUCGACGCGCACGGCGGAUUGCAGCCCAACGGCGACCGCGGUAAGAUGCUCGAGGGCGGGGACGGGGGAGACGAGGGGGGAGAGAGGGGAAAGUUUGAGGAGGGUAGGGACGUUGACAGAUUCGGCGCGGAUGGCGACUAUUAUAACGAUGACGAUGACGAUAACCGUCACGCGAACGAUGACGUCAUGGGGUUCCAGUUCUGGCGCACGUCGCUUCCGCAGGACGGCAGCGCGGACGGGCAGCACGCGGACGACGCGGAGUCGGCGCACGCGGCGGAGUACGGUACGAUGUGGCACAAUAUGACGGGGCACCUGGAGAACAUGAAGGACGACUGGGCGGAAGCGCAGGCGGUGGCGGAAGGGGAGGCGGGGAGCGGGGGCGAGGCGGAAGAGGACGACGAUACGCGGAGCCAGGCGUCCGCGCAUUCCGACACGGCGCUGCUGCUGGAUCACCUGCAGCUGGGGGUGUCGGGGCCGCUGUCGGUGCUGCCGUGGGACGAGGAGGCGGAGGAGGAGGCGGCGCAGGAGGCUGCGCGGGAUGCGCGGGAGGAGAUUCGCGCGGCACGGGCGGAAAUGUACUUUAGUCCGGAGGCGGAGGAAGCGGAGGCGCCAAGGGGGGGAGAGGAGCCGUUUUCCCUGGGCCCCUCCGCCGCCGAUGCCAGGGGCGCGGAUGGCCUUCCGCAGCGGGACGCUUCCGCCAUCCCCCCCGCUGAUGACGUUGGCGCGGGGGAUUCCGCAGCCAGUGAGGGCGCAACGAGCGACCAGGCGGGGCGGACUGAGCCCCGCUCCGACAUGCUGCUUCCGCGCAUCCGCACCACGGGGGACCUCCUCCUCCCGUGUCCGCCCACUGGCGCAUCUUCCCCCGUCGGCGCAGCGGCAGCCGGCGCGGACGCGGUUGCGGCGGACGCGCGGUCCAUGCCGGAGCUGGGGGACGUGCAGCUCUCCGCAGUGGAAGGAAGCGCAGGCGCGGGGACCAUCGGCUCGGGGGAGGGCAUUGGCGGAGCGUCCGCUGGGAAAGCGGCAGGUGCGGCGGGAGGAGAGGCGAAGGAGGCGGGGAAGGCGGGGGAGAUGACAGCGCUGUGGCUGGCGGGCAUGCCGCGCGUGGAGGCGUGGGUGCGCUGCCUCCCGCGCGGACAAUGGGAGCCGUCCGAGAGCAUCGAGCACUGGAGCAGCAUCGGCAGCAGCAAGGGCGGCGGCGGCGGAAGCAGCAGCGCCAGCGCGCAAGUCCCGCCGCAUUCCCCCCCCGCGCCCCACCACCACCACCACCAUUCCUCCAGCGGCAUGAGCAAGCGCUCCAUGUCGCACGGGCACAUGCACGGGGGGGGCGCGGCGGCCGCGGGGAACCUGCAGGCCGCGGUGGCGGUGGGGGCGGCGGCCGCGGCGGAGCAUGCGGGGAGGGUGGUGCGCGGGCUGGACAAGCACGCGGCGGCUGUGUAUCUGUCCAUGCGCGGGCUGCUGGUGGUUCCGCCGCUGGGAGCGUUCUCGUCGCUCAAGACGCUCGACCUGUCGCGCAACAAUAUCACGUCGGUGGCAACGGGCGUGCUACCGCGGUCGCUGCACAUCCUGGACCUGUCGCACAACCGCCUGGCCGCCGUGGAGGGGCUGCGGGAGCUCUCUCGCCUCAAGGUGCUCAACCUCUCCAACAACCGCCUUGCUCGCAUCGGCCAUGGGCUGUCGGGGUGUGUGGCGCUGAGGGAGCUGUACCUAGCGGGCAACAGGGUGGGCGAGGUGGAGGGGCUGCACCGCCUGCUCAAGCUCACCGUGCUGGACCUGGGCGCCAACAAGGUCACCACCACCAAGGCCCUCGGCCAGCUCGCCGCCAACUACGCCUCGCUGCGCGCGCUCAACCUCGCGGGGAACCCCAUUCACGUGAACCUGGGGGAUGACGCCUUCAAGCGCUACCUCAUCGGCCUGCUGCCACAGCUGCUGUACCUGAACCAGCGCCCCAUCAAGACGCCCUCGUCUCGCGAUGCCCUCUCGGACCCGCUCAAGGCGCGAGGAGCCGGUGCACCCCAGCUGCACCACGGACACUCCUCCCGCUCCGCCUCCCGCACCGCUGGUGGCAGCACCUCUCGGCACCGCACUGGCGGGAGCAGCAGCAGCGGGCUCAGGAAGGCUGCAACGGGAGGGACGAGUGGGUCGGGGAGUGGAGGGGGGUCGAAGGAUGGGCACCACAGGACGCACCAUGGGUCGAGCAGUGGGGCUCAUCAUUCGUCCCGCAGUCGCACGGCCACGGGAGGGCAUUCAACGCACCGGAGUAGGUCGGGUGUGGCUAGUGGGAGCAGUGCAGGAGUGGGGGAGAACUCCCCUGCACAUCGCCGUUCUCUCUGUUCAUCGCAAAUGGGUCCGUCCUCCUCGCAACGCGAUUCCACUUCAGAAGUCUCCAUAGUCGUUCCCCUGCUAACCAACGAAAACGACGCCGUAAAAACCGCCGCAAACGGCGGCGCAGAUCCCCGUCCUGACGGCUAUCUCCCGCUUCUAGAACCAUCGCCUAGCCGAGGCUCCCCGGGAAGCGACGUGGUGCUGCCGCUGGGCCCAUGCCGGCGGCCGUUACCGCGGUGGCAGGUGGUGGCGUACGGAACGGGUCACAUGCUGAACGACAUCACGGCGGCGUGCUGGUUCACGUACCUCCUCAUCUACCUCUCCGAUAUCGGCCUCUCCCCGCAGCAGGCGGGCGUGGUGAUGUUGUCGGGGCAAUUCGCCGAUGCCGCUGCCACCCUCGUCGCUGGCGAGCUGAUCGACCGGUUCGGGCAUUACAAGCUGUGGCACUUUGGCGGGUCGGUGUGCACAGUGGUGUCCUUCUCGUCCGUGUUCGGCGGCUGCCUCGUGUGCCACCUGCUCGCCUCCAACUCCACGCUCGUUGAAACCGCCAGCUACAGCGUCUUUGCUGCCGUCUUCAACUGCGGCUGGGCUGCCACCCAGGUGUCUCACAUGGCGAUGGUGAACUGUCUGACGGCCAACCCCAGCAGCCGCGUGGCGAUGAACAGCUGUCGCAACGCCUUCACCAUGGUCGCCAACCUCGCCCUCUUCGCCAUCGCCCUCGCUGCCUUCUCCCUCUUCCCCGCCCAUGACCCCUCCCAGGUGCAAGCGCAGUACCGGUGGAUCUCGUUUGUGGCGCUCACGUCGGGCGCCGCCUUCCUGCUCGUCUUCUACGCCGGGGUCCAAGAGCCCACCGUCUCCCGUGCGCCAGUGCGCCUACCUUCCUCACGCUCCUUCUCCACCAACCAAUCCGCCGAUGACAGCACCGACCAAUCACAGCAGUGGGCAGUGAAGAACGGCCAAUCAGAUGUGGCGGAGGAGCCAGCAGUGCCAGCGUGGCUCUUCUGGUUCCGCCAGCUGGCAUACUUCCAGGUGGCAGCUGUCUACAUGUUCGUGCGACUCAUUACCAACGUCUCCCAGGCCAUGCUGCCCUUCUUCCUCAUAUUCGACCUGGGACUACACCCCUCUGCCAAAGCCACUAUCCCGGCGCUCAUCUUCAUCUGCAGCUUCAUCACCUCCGUCGUGCUGCAGGAGCUACAGUGGGACAUGGGGCGCAUGAGGGUGGCGUGCAGCAUGGGAGCGGUGCUGUGGGUGGGGGCGAGUGCAGCCUUCCUCUACGUGGACGCGGGGCCAUCCAUGGAGCUCAUUGUCUACGCCCUCGCCCUUGUUGUCGGCAUCUCCAAUGCCCUCAUGCUCGUGACGGCAACGAGUCUGGAGGGGGUGUUGGUGGGGCAGCACGUGUCGGUGUGUGCGUUUGUGUACGGCUCACUCUCCUUCCUCGACAAGUUCACCUGCGGCAUCGCCCUCGUCGCCAUCCAGGCCUUCAACACAAAAGAGGAGUACUGUGGGCCCACCAGCCCCACCUGCCCGCGCUCUAUUGUGCGCUGGGUCCUUUUUCUGCUGCCCCUCGUUUCAUCUCUCCUGGCGGGUGGCAUUGUGCUCACGACACACCUGGACGAGUCAUCAGAUGAGAUCACCCAACCAUCGUUAGACAGCCCCUUGCUCGACAACAAGAACUCAGCUUCGAGAACCGAUUCAUGA